UAUUUAACAGGUAUCAGUUGUGUGGGAAACCAUGAGAGGCAGGGAGGACAAGCUCAGCGUACUGACAGUAAUUACGUCUGUGUGGUUACUUCUCAGCGUGUGUGUUACAGGGAUCAUUACAACGCCAUGUACGGAUCAGACUAAGCUAGAAAAUUUUAAUCACGUUAUGACUAUGUGUCAAGGAGGCGAUACUAUAUAACACACGUAUGGUAAUAGACACCUGGGGUACGGGAGGCCCGGGGAUAUACAGUUGUACAUGUACCGUUACACUGAAUACGAAAAUAUCACGUACAACAACAGUGACAGUACAGGAAUAUCCGGGAGUAGAAACAGAUCUUAACUGUGCAAGUAAACUUCGUAUCACCUCCACUACAUCUGCUGGUUUUACCGAGACCGGUUGUAGCCCGAUCCCUGCUACGUCGGUGGACAAUUUCGGGACAGCAGACAUGUUGACGCUGACGUUGACCAGGGCAGAAAAUGGUACACAAUGGAAGUCAGGACAUUGUAUUUUAAUUUCGCCAGACAUCAGCAGUUCUCUGGAAAUCACGGUUAACUGUAAUAAAAAUAGUGUUACGUCUGACAAACCCUCGACAGUUUCCACCAGUGCGUCAACAAAAAGUACUUCCACACCACCAACAUCACCACCAACACCACCACCACCAACAACAACAACAACAACAAAGAUGACGACAACAGAAAAACCACCAUUUACGUCUACCAAACUGAUGACAACCUUAUCAACAGAUUUGACUACUGGUGAUGUUGUUGCAGUGUCUUCAACGAUGGGAGAAACAGGAAAAAACGCUAAAAAUUUAGACGCAGACAUUGGGAUUAUCGCCGGAACAGCCGGCGGUGGAGGCCUACUGGUCGUCAUAGCUAUCAUCGUUGGUGUCGUCAUCAGCAGGAGAAGAAAACCAGACAUUCAUCAGCCAGUUGACCGUGGGAACACGUCUAACGGCAAUACGAAUGACGGUUAUGACGGUGACAUCCAACCGUACGCUAUCACAGGAACCAUGAAGAAAUACGUCAACUCUGACGGGGACACAAUAACUCACAACUCGCUCUAUGAAUCGGCCGGACCCCGAGAUCCGGACGACAGUCACAUAGUCACGGGAACGGGCGAUAUGUACGCACAGGUGCGAAAGUCAGAUCAAUAUUCCACAAUAAAAGACACUGAAAUUGACAGAUUGGAACUAGAGGAAACUCCGAAGGGAGAUGUUUAUGCUGUCGUUAACAAAUCAAAAAAAGAAAAGACCGGUAAUGAAAGUGGUGACAACCGUCCGUCUCGGUAUAGAAAUGCGGACGGUUUAGUGUACGCGGAAGUGAGUGCUCAGGACGAAACGUCACGCCCACAGUCACGGGUGAAGUCACGCCCACCUCCCGUAAGCCCAAAACCGAAAGCAGACUCGGGGAAUGUUGUAUAUGCUGAAGUGAAUACCGGUGUCUGAUCUACCGGUAAACUCUAUGUUAGGUAACCGAGUAAAAGUAUUGAAUAUUCAAAAUAAUGUGGUAGUUUUGUUAAUGACAUGCCGCAAGUUAUAUCGUUUAUUAAGUGAUUGGGGAGAAAGAAACGUAAAAAAACAGAGAAGGAAACCUGAUACUUUAAUCGCAAUUCUGUAGUCAUAUUGUUCGGCAUAUCAUUGCCCGUACGUCCGUCAGUCCGUCUGUCACAAUAUUUGUCCGGCUAUGCAUUCGCUUUUCUUUUCCUUUUUGGAUUUCAUUCAAAUUUGGUAUAUAGUUAGAAGACCAUAUGAACUUGUGUCCCCUGCAGUGAUUUCGCGAUUUAAAGUGUCGGGACACCUUAACCACUCGGCCACCGCGGUUUUCAAUGGAUUUUCUUUUAACUUUUUACACAGUUGAAGGACAGCAUGCACUUGUGCCUCCAGUAAAUGUUUUUUCCGAAAAAAUGUUGUUUUUUUUUUUACAUAGUUAUGCCCUUUUAUUUGAAAAAUGGUUAUAAUUUUGUCCAGUUAUGCAUUUCCUCAGUUUUCACAAAAUUGGUGUACAGUUAAAAGACCAUACGGUGCUGUGAUUUUCCACAAGUAGUCCUUUUAAACAAAUUAUGCUACUUUAGCCCUUUUUAACAGAGUUAUGGUCCUUUUUCAUACAAAAUGUGUCAUAAUUUAGUCCGGCUAUGCAUUCACUUAGUUUUUGAUGGAUUUUCUUGAAACUUUAUACAAAGUUGAAGGAUGGCAUGAAAUUGUGUCUUCAGUAACGGCUUCUUCCAAAAAAAAAACCUUUUUACAGAGUUAUGCCUCUUUAUGUAAAAAAUGGUUACUAGCUUGUCCAGCUAUGCAUUUGCUUUGUUUUCAAUGGAUUUUACUAAAAUUUGGUAUGUAGUUAGAGGACCCUAUGAGGCUUAGCCCUAUUCAAAGAUUUUGCCGAAUUACCAGUUCUAAUAGAGUUAUGCCCCUUUUCUUUAAAAACGAGCAAAAUUUUGUUCGGCUAUGCAUUCACUUAGUUCUUACCUAAACAUAGAACAUGUUUGAUUUGGUUAUAAUACCAUAAACAGGCAGCUUCACAAAGUAUCCAAACCAAUCAUGGGAAAGCGGGGAGUAUAUUUGUCACCCCCUCGGUGACAGCUCUAGUUAAGAGUUCCAGUUCAGUUGGUAAUACAUAUGUUACAGAAAUGCAUGAACCCAGUGGUAUUAUAAACACUAUGUAUAAGGAUCUCGGAGCGUUGUUUUUACAUUGUAUAUGUUAAUGUUUAUAAUAUCAGAAGUUUACUGUUUUACUUACAAAUGCACUUUCAUUUUAUAUUUAAAAAUAUAUAUUUUAUAUACUUAACGCCAGAGGAGUAUUAACAAUUACAUAUUGAUAGUAUUAAUUACACCAGCAGAAUUAUGUGACAGCAAUGUUACUGAGACAAUAUAGCCGAUCAUAUCGUUAUCAUCCCUUGUAAGGCCUACAACAGUACCAGUCGAAAGGAAUAGUAUUUGCUGACGUACUCUACAAGGAUAACAUUAAAACAAUUACUUGUGGUAAAUAUUUUGCUUGUCCGUCACCUGUUUUUAUAUGAAGUAUAGACUUAAAACGGUCGCUUAGCAUUAAUUAAACUUUUUUUUAAUUAGCAUUAAUGUUUAUGUAAAAUAUUUUGAUUGAAGGCAAAUCUUACUUCGUAAUGGAGUCCUAUGUAUAAUUAUUUACUUAUGUAUUCCGUACAUACUUCCAAUACAUUAUAUCACUUACACAUUGAUAGAUCUCUAUAUGUAUAUAAUCACCAUAAGAAUAUUCAAAGAGAGCCAUUUUGUUCAUAUAUUGCUAUUUUGAUAGCUUUAGAUAAUUAAAAAGGACUAAUUGAAAAUAGUA